AUGACGUUGAAGAAAGAAGAGCUGACGGCGUUGCUCUGCGACCUGCUCAACAGCACAAGUGGCACCUCACCUUUGUCGACGGUCGUCUCCGAGGCCAAGCUCCUAACUCUGAUCGGUGCGAGGAGAACCUGAACAUCAUAUCAAUUAUUGUCAGAGGCCUCAAAGACGCUUCUGCUUCAGCAGAACUCGCUAGUCGAGAUCGAUCCGCCCGUUCGGAUUUGCGGCGACAUCCACGGCCAGUUUCCAGAUCUGCUCAGGCUCUUCGGAAGAGUUUCUUCUCGCUGCUCUGUUUAACUGCUUCUGAGCUUCAUUUUAGGGAGGUUUCCCACCUACGGCUAAUUAUCUUUUCCUUGGAGACUACGUUGAUCGCGGACGACAUAAUCUCGAAACAAUUAUACUUCUUAUUGCUUACAAAGUUUGAUAUCAAAACGGGCCUGAAAAGUCUGAGCUGCAGAUGAGGUUUCCCAAAAAUAUGUUCUUGCUGCGGGGCAACCACGAGUGCGAACACGUCAACCGUACCUAUGGAUUCUAUGAAGAGUGCCAAAAGCGUUAUACGAGCACCCGCAUCUACGAAGCUUUUCAGGUUUAAUUUUUUUUUUUGAUUUCGGAUCUGAAAACUCUGAAACAGGACAUGUUCAACGUGAUGCCAUUGGCAGGAUUGGUCGGCGAAAAAAUUCUUUGUAUGCACGGAGGUCUGUCCCCGGAACUCAGCAGCCUUGAGCAACUUCGUCAAAUUAAAAGGUUUAAUAGACCGCCUAAUUAGCGAAUUAAUCAACAUACGGAUGAGAUAUAAAACAGUCAGUUUUGGAGGAAAAUUUCCGAUUGGGAUAGAACUAUAAAAUGAAUGCCGCGAAAAUUUUCCUUGGCUUUUGGCUCCAUCUCUUGAACACCAUAACCAAAACUUCUCCGAAUUUGAUUGAAUUACAACUUCAGACCAACGACUGCCAUGCAAGCUUUAGAAGUGGAUCUUCUAUGGGCAGACCCCAUCAUCGGACUUUCUGGCUAUCAAGUAAAGUUAGAAUUCCAAAACUUUUUUCAAAAGAAACUCCAGCCAAGCAUGCGCGGUGCCGGCGUGGGUUUCGGUCAGGAUGCUGUUUCCAAAAUUUGUACCGACUUCAAUCUGGAUUUGGUAAGCGUUUCACAAAAAUGAGUCAUACAUAUGUCUUUUUUUUCAGAUUGCGCGAGCUCAUCAAGUUGUGCAAGAUGGUUAUGAAUUUUUCGCAGGCCGUAAAUUAGUGGUGAAAAACUUCUUUGUUUUUUUUUUGUCAAGUAGUCUCAGUAACCUCAUUUUUUCUUGAGUUUGACAUGAAAACACUUUAAAGAAAUUGAGAAUUUUUUUUUGAAUUUUUUGCAAUUUCUUGAGGCCUUUUUCACACGUUUUUCUUACAUUCGUAUAAUUACUUUUUCUCCAGACUCUUUUUUUCGGCUCCUCAUUACUGCGGUCAGUUUGACAACUGCGCUGCUUUCAUGAUUGUCGAUAUCAAUUUGCAGGUUGUUUCAUGGAAAUAAUUCAAGAAGUAUUUAGAUAUUGUUGAUGAGAGAAACUUUCGAAAUUAUUAAAUCUGGUAAUUUCAGUGCUCGUUUGAAAUAUUGCGUGCAACAACAGCCAAGCUGGAAACGAGAAAAAAACUUUGGCCAAGCCCGCCAAUUGAGAUCAUUUUUGAAUGGGCUGAUUUCAACUUUAUAAUGAAUUAGUUUCAUUUGAAAUGAAGAAUAAAGAUCGUACAUCUUUUUUUAUUUUAUUUUUUUGCCGUACAAUAAAAUUAAUUAUCCAGAAGUCUCUUUGAUUUGAGAGCUUCUUCGCAAAAAAGGGAAUUACGAACCUCAAAUAACGCUGGAGAAACAAUACUUUUUUUCAAAAUUCAUAUUCUAAAUCUCUUCCAGCUCAUGCACUUCCGAAAAGCUGGUUCAAUCUAUUCUUUUGUUUAAUUUUUAAGACACUUGGAAAGACCUUAACGAGCGACUUUCCCGGCCUAAGGCGACGACGUGUGUGAAAUGACCUUGAUGAGGCCGAAAAGCGGCAAAAAGAACACGCUUUUCCACGCGCACCCAUAACACACACACGUAGAAGGCUUUAGCGGGUUCGAGGCAGGUUUCGACGCUUUUUCCGCCUCUUACGUCUUUUCCGACGCCCAAUUAAUCUUUUUGCGCAAUCCGGCUGCAUUUUAACACUUUGAACCGAGGCGAGAGACCACCCAAAUUCGUGAAGGAGCAUCCAAAAGAGAAAUACUACAGUCUAGUUUUCACUAUUUAAAAAAAAGAAUCGUGCAAAACAAUGCUCAUCGGGCGCUUUGAGAUUUCCUUCGGCCGCUUCUAAUUACUUUACAUGAUUUUCUAGAUCAAGCGGUAAUUUUUGAGCUUGCUGAAGCAGUGAUCUUAAAGUCCUGAGGAGAUUUUUCGAAGGCUUGAGAUCAGAAGUUUAUCUACCGCUCGCCAGAAAAUAGAUCCCGAAGCUUAAAGGCAAUUUUUUCUGCGUUUUUUUAGAAGGCAGUGGUAACUACACCAUUUUUCUCACCUGGCACUUUUUUUUCUAGAAACAGUCUAGUCACUACGAAAGUCAAAAAAUGAGCAGAAGAGGAUGAAUAAAUUUUAAUUUGAAAUCUCAGUAGCUUUUUUUUUAAAUCCCAUCCGGUGAGACCCACCGUUUUUGUGAAGUUAAAAUGAAGAAAAGUUUAUUUUUUUUUCUCUAUUUUACUUCUACAAACUUUUGCAGGGAAGAUGAACGCAUAUCUUUUCUCUCUCAAUAAGGAAGAUGAAGUCGCGAGAAACCUUGAAAUGUUUUCUUAACAACUUCCGUUGCAGAUUUUUCAGACAGAUUUCCGUGCGAAUGCGUCGACGAUAUCACUAAAAUACAAAAGAUACAAGGUCGAAUAUUUUCAAGAUGAUAUCAGAUCGUUAGACCAAAGAGUAUCUACAGAUAAUUCAUGCCUUUCCUUGAAAACAAUUUUUCUCGAAAGUGACUGGAAUCUGUAGAUGGCGAAUUAUUAUUUAAAAAAACUAUGUUAGAUAAGCACUCGAAUUAAAUAAACUAUAAAAAAAGAAAAAUCUCGAAGAUGUUUUUUUUUCAAAAAAGUUUGUGAAAAACAUACGCGACGUUGCAAGCAGACGUUUCAAGUGCAAAAAGUGACCCGCAGCGUCGGCCUACAUCCAAGUUGAACAAAUCAUGACGCUUUCCAAUUCAAACUUAAUGUCUUCGGAACGGGAUGCUUCAUUGUAAAAAUUGUUCUCUGUAAAACGGGCCGACCGGCCGGUCGAUGGCCUCUUGCCGAUCCACUCAAUCGCCGCCCACAAUAUGUACCUCUUCAAAGGUGUAUAAAAGCCUGAAAGUUUAUCGUAUGGCAAGAAAUUCGUUUCUCACGAAUCUUCAACAUCAGGUACGGCUGUCUUUUUUAUUCAUUUGUUUCAACCUCGGGUUGUUGGUUCAGAAUGCGAGUUCUCGCCGUCGUCUUCGCCUUGGUCGCCGCCUCGUCGGCUUUCCUCUUCCCUAGCGCCGGAGGCGGCUGCGGAUGGUAUAUUCGAGUUUCACGACUCCUUCAAUAAGAUCUGCAUUUCAGCGGAGCUCCACCACCGCCACCAUGCGGCUGCGCUCCACCACCCCCACCGCCAGUCCCAGCCUGCGGCGGCGGAUGCGGUAAGCAGCCUUGGGACCAUCGGAAUUCAAAACAAAAAUUUUAGGUGGAGGCGGCGGCUACGCUGCUCCACCACCAGUCUACGCUGGUCCCCCAGCCGGAGGAUACGCCGUCGCCGGAAAAUAA